AUGGCGCCGAACGUGCCAAAACUCAAGGAUCUCCAGAAAGAGAUCAAUGCGACCAAAGCACUCCUGAGUGAGGAAGAGGAUGAGGAAAAACAGGGUGAACUUGAAGUAUCAUUGAAAGAAUUACUCUCGAGCUACAAGCAGAUCAAAAGGGAUUUGACGGCCAUCGAAGCGGAUAUCAUGGAUAUUGACACAAACCUCAAGAAAAUUGCCCAAGGCGAGCCAAUCCACGAUGACUUGGCAAACCAGCAGCGCUCAAAUGAGAGCCACCCACUCCCUGACAUCGUGGUGAAUUCCGACGAAUUGUUUGUUGGCCAGACCGAGCGACCUAGUGCGACCCAGGGCGCAAGCCAACAGGAUCACGAAAGACCCAAAGAUUAUAAAGAUUAUCCCUUUACUGACCUGACUUUGGACGACGACGAUGGACCAAGUGAGCGACUCUUUGAAAACGGCACAGUCACUUUGAAGAAGAACUCUCGGGGUGGAUUUGACUAUCUUAACUUAUAUGGACCCUUGAACUGUGCGAUGACCAUUUGGAGCUCGAAUGCGGCUUCUAAUGAAGUGGAAAAAUGCACGUACCUCAAAGGUCAUCCUCAUAAAGAAGCUAUGCUCGAAGAUGAGACCGGAAAGGCCAUGUAG